GCGUGGAGGCAGCCAGUGACUCGACAGCAGGCAGUUGAAGGGGAGUGGGGGGUGCCCCGGAUCACAAACUAAGUGUCUUAAUCAUCUGAAGAGAAAAAAAGGGGCGGCAAGGACAGGCGUGGAGGCCGUUCCCAGCAGCAGCACACAGCCACGCAGCACGGCAGCCUUGCUCAGGGCUGGUCCUGGGCGUGCGCCGGCAGGUCCCCGCGGCAGCCCCGGCGGCCCCCCUCCGGCUCUCCAGGAGGACCCGGGCAGGUCUCCCAGUCCCCGGGGUGGAGGGUGACAAAGGUUCCGUCAAGCCCUCACGGGGAGGACACCGGGGCUGUCGGCAUCCGUUAGAAGAGAUGCAUUUCAGGCUAAAUGUCAGCAUCGGCUGCCGCCGCCUGCACACACUACAACUCCUCUGGGAGGCCUCUACCCUCACCUCGAAUGUGUGCAACCCCCGAGUUCACAAAGAGCCAGGCGGCACUACCAUGGCACUCAGGAAACCUGGGCAGGGAGCUGCCGUGAGGCAUGGAGGUGGCACUGGCUGGCCGGCUUGGUGGGUGCAAACACAUGAAUCGUAGCUGCGGGCGGGAGGAAUAUCAGGUGCAUCUCUACGCCCCGAGGGCUCGACUCCUACAUUAAAUCCCUCCCACUGGAACAGCCGGCUCCAGUUUCAGCGAGAGCGAGCGUGAGAACAGGUCCUGCUCCGGCCCGGCAGCCACAGCUUCUACCUCCCCACCUCUGCUCCUGGUCCCCAAAUGAGCAAGACUUCCCUGGUCACACCCACAGCCCGUGAAGCCGGCUUCAAGUAGAAGCGCUCAGAAAGGAAAGCAAAGGAAAAGCGGUGACCUGCUUCCUUAAAAACCACCGAGGCUGAGCUACACAGGAGCCAGCAAGGCUCAGACACCACCAAAUCACAGGAGGAAAAUGAGCCUUCUCAAAGAGCGGAAACCAAAAAAGCCACACUACAUCCCCAGGCCCCCAGGAAAGCCGUUCAAGUACAAGUGUUUCCAGUGUCCCUUUACUUGCAAUGAAAAGUCACAUCUUUUCAACCACAUGAAAUACGGUCUUUGUAAAAACUCCAUCACUUUAGUGUCUGAGCAAGAUCGCGUUCCCAAGUGCUCCAAACCAAACUCUUCGGACCCUAAGCAAACCAAUCAGCCUGACCCUGUGGUGAAGCCCACCUCUUCCAAGCCUGUCCCAAGCGGGCUCUCACACCUGGAUGCCAAGCUCCAACACGGCCUCGCCAAGGACGACAUCAAGGAAAACCUGGACCUGCCCACACGCGGGCCUCACAGGUGCCUUGGACAGAAGCCCACUCCCCACAAGGAAGCAGCACCCCCAAGCCCAGCCCCAGAAGCUGCCGUGGGCACCCAGCCUGUUCUGGAAGGAGCUGUCCGGCCUUCAGCGUUCGUUCCAGUGGGGGAACACAGACUCAAAGGGCAGGAGCUCACGGAGACUCCUGAAGCGCUGGCCCUGACCCACGCCCCUGCCAAAGCCGCCUCUUUCCACACCAAGUCUGCCUUCCACACCCCUGGCUACCCCUGGAGAGCUGGCUCACCCUUCCUCACACCUGAGUUUCCACAUAAAAUCCCAUCCACAAAGGGCUUUGGUGCCGCUUCCCCGUAUGUGCACCCCAGCAUCACGGAGUACCCGCCUCAUUUUUACACAGAGCACGGACUGGCCACCAUCUACUCACCCUACCUACUCGCAGGGAACUCACCCGAGUGUGACAGCUCCCUUCUGUCUGUCUACGGGGCCCAAGACCAAAGACACUUUCUGCCUCACCCAGGGCCCAUCCCUAAGCACCUAAACCCGGCUCCCUCCACAUACGACCAUUACAGAUUCUUCCAGCACUAUCACUCUAGCCUGCCAAUUCCUUACGGAUUUUACAGACCAGAGUCUGCGUUCUCCUCCUACGGCCUCAGACUCCCACCCGUGGCUGGCAUUUCACGGGACCAAAGCUCGCAUCUACUGGAAGAAGCUGCCCUAGGUUACCAGGCCUUGAGUCCCUCCAAGUUAAACUCCUCCAACUCCCACAAAAAACACACAGAGUUGGAGAAGGAGAGUCCGACUCCCGAGGCUAAAGAACCUUCCAAAGAUGGGCAGAGGGACACGGAAGGGACCAAAAUGAGCCCACGAGCGGGCAGCGCGGCCACAGGCUCCCCAGGAAGGCCGAGUCCCACCAACUUCACACAGACAAGCCAGCCGUGCGCUGGCCUGUGCGGCCUCCCAGAUGGGCCCGCCUCUGGUGCCCCAGGAAGGAUCCUACCACCUGAACAGGGCCUCGCAGCCUUCAAGCCCAUCAAGAAGAACACGGAGCACCCACAUUCCCAGGCCCCAGACAGCAGAGUGGUAUCUCCGAAAAGCCUCGAGGCCUUGAGCACAGACGCUCCAACUCAGCUGGUGAGCCUGGAGGCUGCCCCCUCCAGCCCGGAGGACGGCUCCAGGGCAGCCCCGCUGAACCUGUCCACAAAACCAGAGGCUGAGCCGGCUGCCGCGUGCAGCCCUGCCCACGGAGGAUUCGUGGAGCCGCAGGAUGCGCCCCUCAACCUCUCAGUGAAGGACCCCUGCAACGCCCUGACCUCAAGGCCCUCUAUGUGCAGCCCCCCUCGAGGGGCCGAGCCUGCCACUGCCCCCACCCCCUCUCCAACUCAGCAGAGGGAACCUGCAAGUUCUGGGGACGGGCCUGACCCCAGCUCUGUGGAGGCCCCGGUGCCCAGCCCCACUGGGAAGGCCCAGGAUAUACGUGCAGCUGACAGCGAUGAGCAGAAGCAGACAGCGGCUGUGGCCCUCUGCCAACUGGCAGCCUACAGCCCAGGGAAUGUCGAGCCCGCGGCCCACGAGCCCACCUGCCAGCCAGAUGCACCCACCCCCAGGGCCCUAGAGAGCCAGGAGGCUCAGUGCGACCUCAGACCCAAAGGGCAAAAGAGGACGAGCCCCAGGGAGGCAGGGAAGGGCCAGCAGGGAUCCAAAAAGGCAAAGCCCAGUGACACAGCCAGAGUGUUCACACUCCGGAAGAGAACUCGGGUGUCUUAGAGCCGCUCCCUGGCGGCCAGAGCUGCGGCCACAAACACGACUUGCAAUGUAGGCAAGACAGCAGCAAACCCCCCCCCGGCCCUCAUUUCUCUCGUCUGGUCAAUCUUGACAACUGAGUUGUCUUCUUCACAAAAUAGGAAAAAAAAAAAAAAAUUUAAGAUAAAGCUGCAACUCAACCCAGUUUUGUAAAUAUUAAGCAUAAACGUUAAAAGGUGCUUCUACUUCUGGCUGUAAAAUAUUUGAAUGACUCACACUUUAGGACCUGAUGCAAAAUGUCAAAUGAAAUGCACAGGACCGAAAGGUAACUUUUAAGUGUUAGCAUCUUAGAGGAACUCUCUUUAAAAAUACUUUUCUUAUUUUUAAUUGUUUUUUUCUAUUAUGUCUACUAUGUGUUUCAAAGUAAAGAACAAUUACUGGGGGGAAAAAUGCCAGGAAAAGACAUUUCCAGUACUAGCAUUAAAGUGCUAGAUGUAAAAACGCUGUUUGUUAUGACUGAAUCACAGACAGCAAGAGGCUAUUUAUACAAGUAAUUUAUUUCCACUGGGAAGAGUGCAUUGCUGGGGAAGCUAUUCUCAACGUGCUCUGUCUUCUCUACAUUACGGUGCGUCUUCUGACACAUUCGGCCUGGUUUUCCACUUCCUAAAAUGAUGUACAUGUUGCUAAUUCUCCAAUAAACUCAUAGGUAAAAUUUGAGGCUACGUAAAAAGAAGAUAAGCAUAAAUGCUGUGUUAUAUUUUGCAACAAUAAAUAAACUCGAUGAAAAA